GGCGGAAGUUGAUUGAAAGUGGAGAUGUCGAAGUGCUUUCCUGUCACAUCGCACUAGCUGAUCGUCAGGGUUAGAUGUUGGGACGGGUGUGGACUUUCAGCAGACAGCUCUCCACCAUGAGGGUCCAGUCUGAAGAGUUUAAAGCUUUGUUCACCGAGGGCUUGAAGACUUUGUCAGAUCUCUUUGCAGAGGAGAGGUACGAGUUGCGCAUAGCUGGAGGAGCCGUCCGCGACCUUCUUACUGGGAAGCAGCCCCAUGAUGUAGACUUUGCAACGACAGCUACUCCAGAUCAAAUGAAAGACAUAUUCAUCAAAGCUGGAAUCCGAAUGAUUAAUAACAAGGGCGAGAAGCAUGGAACGGUUACUGCUAGGAUUAAUGAACAGAACUUUGAAGUCACCACCCUGCGGGUCGACUUGAUAACAGAUGGGCGCCACGCAGAGGUGGAGUUCACCACAGACUGGGAAAGGGACGCAGAGAGACGUGACCUAACCAUAAACUCCAUGUUCCUAGGAUUUGAUGGGACGCUGUAUGACUACUUUAAUGGCUACGAAGAUUUGAAAAACAGAUGUGUUCGAUUUGUUGGCAACCCAGCCCAGAGAAUACAAGAGGAUUAUCUUCGAAUUCUGCGUUACCUCAGGUUUUAUGGAAGGAUUGCAGAACGCCCUGGGAUUCACACAAAAGAAACUCUGGAUGCCAUCCGAGAGAGUGCACCUGGCCUGAGCGGCAUCUCCGGGGAGCGGAUUUGGGUGGAAUUAAAGAAAAUCCUGGAAGGAAACCAUGUUAACCAUCUGAUCCAGAUCAUGUAUGAACUUGGCGUGGCACCUCAUGUAGGCUUACCCGAGGAUGGAAACUUGGAGGAGUUUGCCAAAGUCUGCGCACGUGCGGAGCGCCUGUCUCCUAAACCUUUGACUCUCCUGAGUGCUCUAUUUUCUCACCCGGACGCUGUGAAUAAACUGGACUUGCGUCUGAAGAUCUCAAAGGAGGAAAGGAACAUGGGAUUGUUUUUACUGAAGCAUCGCAGAGAGUUGACUGCUGACCCAAAAGACUCGGUCCCUCUCAAACCGUAUCAGGAUCACGUGAUUGAUUCCCGGGAGGCUGAUGCCCACAGAAAGGUUUGUGAACUUCUUAAAUACCAGGGCGAGGAGCAGCUUCUCCGAGAGAUGGAACGCUGGAGCUUGCCUCGCUUUCCGGUCAGUGGCCAUGAUCUCAGACGAAUAGGUAUUUCUUCAGGGAAAGAAAUCGGGAGCAUUCUUCAGGAGCUACGAGAAUGCUGGAAAGAAAGUGGCUAUCAGACUACCAAAGAGGAACUUUUGAACAGCAUUAGACACGAAAAAGGAUCCUUAGUGUAAUAACUGAGCAUAAACCAAGUUUUGAACCUCUGAACCAUUCAGAGCCUUAAUGACUGAUAACAUCUGUGUGGAAGCACCCACACAAAGUGUAUGUGACUGGUCAAACUAAAGUGUAGCACAAUCACCCACUGUCGGUAUUUGGCAAAAGAAGUGCCCUAUAAGCAAUUUUCAUUUGAUUGUAUAAACGGAUGUUCUACACUAGAGGAAUGAAAGGGAAAGACUGUACCCCCCCCCCCAGUAUACACACCUUUGGGUUCGAUAUUCCAUUUAUUUGUAUCAUCUAGAUAUUACUACUAUUUGUGCAGUUCUCCUACUAAACAGAGCAACAAUGUAUACAAGAAAACAAAUCCCUGCCCAUAUGUUGCACGUGGUUCAAGCAUAAUGUUCCAAACAGAUAAAGAUGUUUGCGCCUGUUGUCACAGGA